UCGCGCAUUUCGAGAAUCCCCCGUCGUUCGCCCGAGAGAUCGACGACCGAUGAAGAAAUUUACGAAUAUGUACAGUGGUCGAGGAGCGACCGACUCGGCCAGUGCAGUUCCAGACGACACGAUCACCCCGACUCUCCAGGCCCCGAGCGAGUCUUCCAACGUUGGCCGAGCAACGACUGGUCCUUCUGCUCCCACCAUCCCGGCCCUUGCUGGACGCUCCCGGCGACGUCGAAACACGUCAUCGUCCACCUCUUCGUCCGCCUCGCAAGCCCACAUCGCAGUCCCCUCGAAGGAGACGAAGCACUCUUCGAGUAGCUCCCGGACAAUGUCUACGCGCUCAGAAACAGCAGAACCAGUGCCGCUUACCCAUGGCAUCCAGUCGUCCACUGCAGCGUCUGUUUCUCCCCGGCCGAAGGAGGAGCUGGCGUCGCCACCUAGGAAAGCCCACCAGGCCACCAGCCGCACUGGCCGUCGUCGUACGGACGAGCUUACGGGCGAAGGCCGCAAGGCUCGCCGACGUCAAGAGUCCAGUGUGGAAUCUUCCAAACUGUUGCCGGCGACGGCCACUUCUCAGGAAUCUCGUCCAGACGACACCGGCACCGAGUGUUCUGCAGAGAAGUCAAACCUGCCGGGGACUAACGUUGGCAACCAGCCGCUUUCCGAAAAGUCGCCGGUAGGAAUUCGGCUGAGGACAGAAGUCGGAUCGCUUUCUCCGUCAAUGGUGCAACUGAACGAUCCCGCAAUGAACCGGGAUUUCAACCUGGAAGCAGGCAGCAUCAUGCGUCGGCCCGAUACGGUGGUUCCUGGUCCAGCAGCGACCCCUAAAAAACGUAGCCAAAGCAUAGCCGCGGUGAAUAGCAAGCGGAAGUUACAGAUUGCCCUUGGCACUGGGACUGGCGUGUCUACGAACAUCCAAGACCUCCUAGAACUGAAAAAGCCGACCUUGGACAAGCAAUCGCUAUGGCAAAAUCUACACGCAGUAGUUCGUGAAGGACCACUCCAGCAGCGCCGGACGUUCAUCUUUAUGCUGUUACUAUGUGCCGCUGCUGGAAGUCUACUUCUAGGCUUACUCAUGUAUGGAAUCUUCAGUGCUGACAAUCCAAGUGCCGUCAAAGUUUGCGGAAAUAACGACUGCGUAGACCACGUGGCAACACUCAGUUUGGCCGGCAACGAGAACAUCGUCAGUCCCUGCCAGAACUUUGCCCAAUUUGUAUGCUCCGGAGUGAAGAAUAAGUACAGUUUCUUGGCCAAAAGCGUCGUUGAGCAAAUGAUACUCGGCCAAACAGAUCAAAUUAUCCGGCGCCAUGUGACCCGUUCAGUCUUCCGCAGACCCUCCCAAAUGAUACGCAGAUGCAUGGACUCAAACACUCGGGACGAGAGCACGCUGAAAUUUUUUUUGGAUUUUUUGCGCAACAAGAGCUUCGCCUGGCCGACCCCUAAUGAAGCAGACGCUUUCCCGGAUGCCAACUCUAAAAACUACUCGCAACCCCUUAAAAUAUUGCUCGAUCUCGCAGUGAAGUGGGCGAUGCCAAUCUGGUUCCGUUGCGACCUCCUCUUUCGACGUGAGCGUACGGACCGUGCAGUAAGGCUUGCUCCGUCUCCUAUGGGGCGUGUAGCAAAAAAAUUUCAGGAUUUUGUAGUAAGCACCAACUUAUACAAUACCUACACUCAGUUUAUAGCAAACAUCAUUUUCUCGCUUCGAAAGCCAACACCUGCGUUUGCUUCUUUUGUCAAGCGCAGUAGAAGCAUGCAGGAAAAUAUCUACAACAAGUUGUCGGUCACUCUCAGGAAUUCUGUUCCAAAAAAAGUUCUAUUGAGAGACAUGCCUUCGUUUGUGAGAGGGCUCACGGUCAACGACUGGCAGAGGGUGCUGCAAACAGUGUAUAAUGUGCAUCCUCCUAUCACCGGCAACGAUGUAGUGUUUGUGACGAACCAUCGGCUACUAGUUGUCAUCAGCGUGCUCUUCGAAGCCUACACGCCGCAAGAAAUUGCGUUUCACGUCGCGUGGUGGUUCGCUCAGAUCGCAUGUACCCUCUCGAGCCAGCUCCUGUUCAACGCCAUCAGCGGUUUCGGGCUGGGAAGUCGGGUGCAUUUCUCAUACUGCGCGGCUCUGGCCAAAGGGUAUUACAGCAUUUUGUUGGCGGCUGUGUCUAAAGCUGAUACUUCUAUCCAAGAUCAGAUUAGGAUAAAUAACUACUUCAAAAACGUAAAGACUGUUGCUCUUGAAAAACUCGGAUCUACGAAGAAUAUCGAGAACUUGACAAACAACAAAUUCCAGAGCAUGCUCAUGCAGACGGAAACUGUCCUCUGGCCCAGUGGCAGUUUGGCAAGCCCGGAAGGCUUGAAACUUCACUACGGUCCAGCGCUUAACGGCUCCAACGGAUUGAUUGGUGAAGUGCUUGAAACAGUUCGUUUCCAGCAGCGCUUCAUCGGAACAUACGAAGCCAGUGUUGCUGCAAAGAUAUUUUUUUAUACAGGCACAAGCCUGACUUCCUACGAUCCCGUACAGAACGUCAUCUCUGUGGCGACAGACCUGCUCGGGCCGCCUUUCUACUAUUCUAGUGGCACCAGCGCCAUGAUAUACGGCGGACUCGGCUUUUUUUACGCCAUGGAAGUUGUGAGCGCAUUGAACAGCAUGGGUGCUCUAAUCCGCGAUAACUCCACUUCCACCCGGACACAGUCGUUAAAUGCGAGCCUCUGGGUCCCAUCAACGUGCGAUAAUCACGAUUUACUUUUUCCGGAGCUCCCAGCGCUUGCCUUGGCCCACGCGGCGUACCUGCGCUUUCGUGAUGCGAACUCGGACCUCCCUCUGAAAGGCUUAAGCUACAGCCCAGACCAGAUAUUUUUCAUUUCCUUCUGCCACGCUACGUGUUUGUUCUACCCGAACAAUACCCAUUUUUCACCGGCCUGCAACGAAGCUGUCAAGAACUUCGCACCGUUUUCGAGAGCAUUUUCCUGCCCGAAGGGUUCAGAAAUGAAUCCUGCAACGAAGUGUCAAUAUUUCUAGUAUGUGUAUGCCGUAUCAUAAUUGUAUAUUAUGCAGUAUAUUCAUCUUUCAUUGCCAAAGCUUACUGUUCACCAUUGGUCUUUUAACUAGCUUCCUAUAUUUAUCUGUGCUUAUGGAAGUUUAUUGUAUGCGUAACGCUGUGACUGUUCUUCGAAUGCAAGUAUUUUCACAAAGUAUAAUGUUAGCAUGUGCACUGUUCUACGACAAACAGAGGCAUUAUUGGAAAGCUGCAAUGGACCCGCUGGCGUAUUUCGGCUUGCUCGCAGAGGCGCUCCUUUUGUAGCGUGUCUGUUGCGGCAUGCAACGUGCGUGUUCAAGGCCUAAGAAAUCAGUGCAGUCUGUGGAAGCUUCUAUGAACUUUCCAUCAAGAAAAUGUACUGGAGCACAUGCUCCUAUUGCUGCAUAUCAAGCCAUCAUAAGAAUGUUAUUAUAUAAAGUAAGAACAAUUGAAACUAUAUUGUCCCGGCAAUCUGACGACUUUCUCUUAGUUGAAAUAUUCAUGAACUACCUGUUCUUCACAAUGAAGAGCUGGAGUCGUCUAUAAGUUGGCUGAAAAACCGCAAGUUUAUGUGGGAAACUCGGACACUGAGGCAUUUCAUCGACAUUCGCGAAAGUGAAAUACUGUAACAUUUGCACUUGUGAGGUUCAGUUCAAUCGUGGCGAAUAAAAACUCGUCACC